AUGGCAGGCGAAGCACCGCAGUCGACCAAGACGCCGCUUUGGCGACUGAUCUUCGAUCAAGGCGCCGUUACGCAACCGGUGAUCGAUCAUGCCUACCAGGGCGCGGGCACCGACGAGAAUCCCUUCGUGGUCAAUUGGCUAGAGAACGAUCCGCGCGAUCCCAUGAAGUACUCGGCCGUGGCCAGAUGGCUGAUCACCUUCCUCGUGGGCAUCGCCACUAUGGCCGUCGCCCUUGUCUCAUCCGCCUACACCGGUGGCAUCGUCGAGGUGGUUACCGACUUUCGCGUGAGCGAGGAGAUAGCCAUCCUAGGUAUCUCGCUGUUCGUGAUCGGGUUUGCCGUCGGUCCCUUGGUCUGGGCGCCUCUCAGUGAGAUUUACGGGCGUCGAUAUAUCUUAAUCGCCAGUUCCUUCGGCCUUACCGCGUUCACGGCCGGAUCCGCGGGCUCGCAGAAUAUAUGGACCCUUAUCAUCCUGCGCUUUUUCGCCGGCUGCCUGGGUUCGGCCCCGUUCGCCGUCGCCGGCGGCGUGAUUGCCGACUGUUUUCCGGCCAUGAGUCGCGGACUGGCCAGCGGCUUGUACUGCGCUGCGCCCUUCCUCGGACCGACCUUGGGACCCAUAAUCGGUGGCUUCCUGUCCGAGGCAGCCGGAUGGCGCUGGGUUGAGGGUCUGCUGGCCGCCUUCUCUGGCUUGCUCUGGAUCAUCAUCAUCUUGGCGCUGCCCGAAACCUACGCCCCCGUCCUGCUGCGCAAGCGCGCCGCGCGCCUGUCCUCCCUCACGGGCCAGGUCUAUCGCAGCAAGGUCGACGUGGACCACGGCAAGAAAUCGGCCGGGGCCGUGCUGAAGACUGCCCUCUCGCGACCCUGGGUACUGCUGAUCCGCGAGCCCAUCGUGCUGCUGCUGUCCAUCUACCUGUCCAUUAUUUACGGCAUUCUGUACUUGCUAUUUGCCGCCUAUCCGAUCGUCUAUCAGCGGGGCCGCGGUUGGAGCGAAGGCAUUGGCAGCCUUGCCUUCGUCGGUAUCCUGGUAGGCAUUUUAUUUGCCGUGGUGGCCACCUUCCCCCUGUACUUCCGCUAUAAAGCGAAGUGCCUCGCGAUCCAGGGGCGGGUUCCUCCAGAGGCGCGCCUGCCGGACUCCUUUAUCGCCGCCAUCGCCCUGCCAGCCGGGCUUUUCUGGUUUGCCUGGACGAACUCGCCGUCGAUCCAUUAUAUGGCCUCCAUCGCCGCAGGAGUGCCCUUCGGCUACGGCAUGGUUAUGGUCUUCCUGCCCGUGCUGAACUACCUGAUCGACGCCUAUACCAUCUAUGCGGCCUCAGUGCUGGCCGCCAAUGCCGCGCUGCGUUCUGUCUUCGGCGCCGUCUUCCCGUUGUUCACCAACUAUAUGUAUCGCGAUCUGGGCAUCCAUUGGGCCUCGUCCAUCCCCGCCUUCCUCGCCCUCGUCUGCGUGCCCAUGCCCUUCCUGUUCUAUCGGUACGGCGCCGCGAUCCGCACGCGCUGCCACUAUGCCGCCGAGUCGGACGCAUUCAUAGAGGCGCUGUUCGGCAAGGUGACCCAGUCCAAUCCGGAGGCCUCGAAAGAGGAACCGAUGGCGAAUGGCGAGGCGGACGGGCAGGAAUCGGCUCAGGGGAGGUAG